AUGGCGGAUUUGAUUAUUUCUAAACACUCGAAUAGUUUUGAGAAAAGUCCCGCAUAUAAGUUUAUGAAACCUUUUUUUGGCAAUGGUUUGAUAUCUGCUUCAGCAUCAAUAUGGGGCAAUCAUCGAAAAUUGUUAAAUCCAGUUUUCAAAAAACAAAUUCUUUCUAACCAUAUGAGAAAGAUAAUAAAACAUUUAAACCGAUUAACGAGAAUUAUUGAAAGUUCUAAUGAAACAAACAUAGACAUAUCCCAUUACACAAAUCUUUUUACUUUGGAUACGAUAUAUGAUACAAUUUUUGGCCAGGAUUUUAAUUUCCAAAAUAAUCCAGAAUGUAGACUUCAUGACAAUAUUUCAGAGUAA